GUCACAUAGCGGAGGCAGCAAGCAGCCUGAGCAAAGAGUGAGACUACUCUGUCAUUUAGGAUGACUCACAGGGAAUUGGCAUUAAUUCCUCUCUUUCUUGUAGUGGACGGAGCACAGCCAAAAAGCUACACUGGACCAGAUCAAGGAGAAGGUGGCAAGAUUGAUGACAGAAACCACAGAGUGAAAUAGCUCUAAGUCCACCUCCUGGGAAGGUCUGGAUGGCAGAACCACCGUGUAAUGCUGCUGUAAAGAAAUGUAAAGAAACUAUGCCCCAGACACCAAUAUUUUCCAGCAUGCUUGGUUCCGGAUGUAGUGGGCAGGUGCAGCCAGAUACAGGAGAGAGGAGCGGCGAUCCUGUUUAUCAGGAUGGGAGUCUCAUCUCUGGAUCGCUGGAGUCCCUGAUUGAGCGCCUGGUACCCACCACAGAAUAUUAUCCAGAUAGGACAUAUAUCUUCACCUUCUUACUGAGCUCCCGAGUCUUCAUUCACCCUCAUGAGCUCCUAGCUAAAGUGGGGCAACUCUGCCUUAAACAGAAGCAGCAACUAGAGACUGGAGUUGAGGCAGACAAGGCAAAGCUCAAGUCCUUUGCGGCCAAGAUCAUUCAGCUCCUGAAGGAAUGGACUGAAACAUUCCCCUAUGACUUCCAGGAUGAGAAAUCUAUGAAAGAGCUAAAGGAAAUUGCUCACAGGAUAACACAGUGUGAUGAGGAAAACGGAACUGUCAAGAAAAUCAUUAGCCAGAUGACACAGAAUUUGCUGAUGACCCUUGCCGCACGCAGUCAGUACCAAGAGAUCCGAGAGAAGUUCCGUCAACCUGUGACCGACAAAGGGACAAUCCUUAAAACUAAGCCUCAGUCAUCGCAGAAGGAUAUACUGAGUGUUUGCUGUGACCCGUUGGUCCUUGCACAGCAGCUAACACAUAUUGAACUGGAGAGGGUGAGCAACAUUUAUCCUGAGGACCUCAUGCAAAUCGUCAGCCACAUGGACUCCCUGGAUAAUCACAAGUGCCGAGGUGAUGUUACCAAGACCUACAAUCUGGAGGCCUAUGACAACUGGUUUAACUGCCUCAGCAUGUUGGUGGCAACGGAGAUUUGUAAGGUUGUGAAGAAAAAGCAACGGACAAGGAUAGUGGAAUUUUUUAUUGACGUGGCAAGAGAGUGCUUCAACAUCGGAAACUUUAAUUCAAUGAUGGCCAUUAUCUCGGGUAUGAACUUGAGUCCUGUGGCCCGGCUAAAGAAAACGUGGUCCAAAGUCAAAACAGCCAAAUUUGAUGUUUUAGAGCAUCACAUGGACCCAUCCAGCAACUUUUGUAAUUAUCGAACAGCCCUUCAAGGAGCAGCGCAGCGAUCCCAGACAGCGCACAGCAGCCGAGAGAAAAUAGUCAUCCCAGUUUUCAACCUUUUCAUUAAAGAUAUCUACUUCCUGCACAAAAUACACACCAACCAUUUGCCCAAUGGACAGAUAAACUUCAAGAAGUUCUGGGAAAUUUCAAGGCAAAUCCAUGACUUUAUCACAUGGAAGCAGGUUGAAUGUCCUUUUGAGAAGGACAGGAAAAUCCAGAGUUAUCUGCUCACCGCACCUAUUUAUAGUGAAGAAGCUUUGUUCAUUGCAUCCUUUGAAAGUGAAGGUCCAGAAAAUCAUAUGGAGAAAGACAGCUGGAAGACACUCAGGACAACUCUGCUCAACAGGGCCUGAGACUUUGGACUUUUGCUCCUGAUUCUAAAGCACACACUAAAAACAUUGUUUUUAAAUCCUGAGCGACAUGGUUUGAGACAGGAAGGCCUCACUGGCUGGGGCCUGUUUUGUAUAUACAAUACCUUUUAUGAAUUCCAAAAGAAGAAGACAAUGUGCUAAAUAUUUCACAUCAACCUUAAGGCACUUAAAAGUGAAGGAUUUUGUUUUUUAACUAUUAAAAGAAAAAAAAUCAAGGGCGGGACCCUGUUCUCAGAGAUGAAAUUGACUGUGGGGGAUGGAAUCCAUGGUGAUGUCUUAUUCUAACGACAUCCAGAUCUUUAUUUUAAUGUUUGAUGACUUCCGCCUGAUUCAUGCACACUCUCAGAUGGACUCAGUACAUGUACAGGUCCAGUGCGCCACUCCGCCUUGAUCCACCCAACACUUCCUGAAAAUAAAUUUCAUUAUGUGGGGCUGGUGCACUUGAAAAUCAGCAAGGCUUCCACAGACCCAAAGAGGCACAGGAGCAUUUUCCAGGGUUAGCACAGGUCAAUUUAGGUUAACUGCUAAUGAUGUGAAAGCACAGAGCUCUUGUCAAACUGUCACCCCAUUGGGGGUCAUCUGAUAUUUUGAAGAGCUUGCACCUCCUGUGGCCCCAUUCCUACAGAAGAGAGGGGCAAAGCCAGCUUCUGAAGCACACCUCGUUGCUCCUUUGCAUCACCUGCUGGAGCAGGUGAUGGCCGGUGAAAGCUCAUGCCAUGGCAAAGUGGCUAUUCUUCAAGCUGCCAUAGGAUUGUAACCCACCACCACUCCUGGCCCCACAAUAUAUUUUACACUCUUUUGGAAUUGAUCCUGAUUGUCCUGGAUUUCCAAGUUUUUUUCUUUUUUGAUGCUGCCUUCCUUGCCUCAUUGAUUUGCAGAAAAUUGUGUUCUUAUGCCCAUUUUUUACAGCCAGGCAGAAUCACGUAGUAAAACUUUGCCUGGACGGUUGCAUUAUAGAUGGUGAGAGGUGGUGCUGGUUGCAGGUUUGAAUGUUCGCAUAGGAGGGGCAAAGCCUACCACAGAGAAGACUAGACCAAACCUUUCCUCCUGAUACACCAGUUUUCUUCAAACAAUGCCACGAAUCCUACAAGAAGGUAACUUAAGGAAGUUCACAGAAGGACAGUUUCCUGUUCCCUUCUCCC